AAACAAACAUCACAAGUCUUCUACACGUGUGUACAUACAUACAUAUCUCUGUAUGUACAUUAGAUAGGAAGUUUACUUGUCCACACCGUCUUGUCUCUCUACAACAUUUUAAGUUUUUUUUUUUUUUACUCAAUUCCCCUCUAUUUAAUCUUUCUCUAACAUGUCAUACUUUUUUUUACUACAAUUUUCUUGAAUCUUGAAAAGUUGAUGUCUUUGUUGGUUUCUGAAUUAGGGUUUGUUUUGUUUUGAUGAAUUGAGGAUUUUAGAGUAAGAUGGGUAAUAAAUUGGGGGCAAGAAGAAGACAAGUGGUGGAUGAUAAGUAUACAAGGCCACAAGGAUUGUAUCAACACAAAGAUGUAGAUCAUAAGAAGCUUAGGAAACUUAUUCUUGACUCUAAGCUUGCUCCUUGUUAUCCUGGUCAUGAUGAUGCUACAGUUACUUCCAAUUUUGAUCUUGAAGAAUGCCCCAUUUGUUUCUUGUUUUAUCCGAGUCUUAACCGUUCAAGAUGUUGCAUGAAGGGCAUCUGCACUGAGUGCUUCUUGCAGAUGAAAACACCAAAUUCAGCUCGUCCUACACAGUGCCCCUUUUGUAAGACCUCUAAUUAUGCUGUGGAGUAUAGGGGCGUCAAGACAAAAGAGGAGAAAGGCAUUGAGCAAAUUGAAGAACAACGGGUUAUUGAAGCAAAAAUUAGGAUGCGACAACAGGAAUUACAAGACGAAGAGGAGAGAAUGCAGAAACGACAAGAUAUAAUAAGUUCAUCAAGCAGCAUUAUGAGAUCAGGCGAGGUUGAGUAUAGUGCAGUUGCAGAGCCAUCAUCUACUCCUGUAGAAGGUGAGGAAAUAGUUUCCUCUCAACACGCAUCCCCAAAUCCAUCAUCUCCAGAUCCAUCAUAUCCAAAUCCAUCCAUCAGACAGCCUCUACGCCUAAGACAGAACAGGGAGGAUGAAUUUGACCUUGACCUUGAGGACGUAAUGGUCAUGGAAGCAAUUUGGCUGUCCAUUCAGGAGGAUGGAAGACACAGGAAUCCUACUUACAGUAAUGCUGCUCCACCAGAGCAGUACAUAUCAGAAGAUCAGUGUGUCCCUGCAGCGGCGGGACCACUAACUGAAACAUCAGUGUCAUCGUCUUCCCCUUCUGGUGGCUUAGCUUGUGCAAUUGCUGCUUUGGCAGAGCGUCAGCAAAUAGGUGGAGAUUCCUCCAGUAGCUACAGUGGAAACGUGUCAGCAUACAGCAUGCUUCCCGGAUCUAGCACGUUUUCCAGCAGGGAGGAGCAAGUGAAUGUAUGCUACCCAAUAUCAGGUGGCUCCAUUGAGGGAUUACCGGAUAUGAGGGAUGAGCGAGAAUGGGUGGUUGAUGGCAGCAGAUCGGAGGUGGCUGAAGUUGGGACCAGUUAUGAUGGGUCAAACAAUGCAGAAGAUGUCAAUAGAAUAUCAACAUCCCCACAAGAUGAAAGUGAAACUGGUGGUUUCCGAAGUGUUGCAGGAGGAUCCAUUGUUCCUGAGAGCUUCGAGGAGCAAAUGAUGUUAGCAAUGGCUGUUUCUUUAGCAGAAGCUAGAGCUAGGAGUAAUGAAACAGGAACUGCAUGGCAGUAACCAGUUGUUACUUUCUUUAAUAUACAGAGAUGUGAGCAGGAGUAGACAGACGGUUGAUUCUUGUGAACUACAAAAUUUGUUUCCAUGUCUUUUCUUUCUGUACAGUUUCUACUUUCUAGUACAAUAGAGGGUAGCAUUUUGUCA